GACCUCGGAAUAUAUACUUAAACCUACGUACAUACCAUUGACCUGAAUACAUAAUUAUCCACACCUAUCUUCAAAGUCCGAUCACCUCUCAACCUUAUCCGAGUUCGAUAACGAAACAUCGCGACAUUGUGUGCACAUUAGCUACUUAUCCUUGACCCAUGGGCCAUCGCUACCAUAAUACUACGACAACUUAAAAAAGUUCAGCUCUGACCUUUUUCACCAUGCACAAAAUACCAACCGACAUCACCAUGGAUUGGCUUUCUCACACUUUCCAGACUGGUCUGUUCCUGGACAAUGUCUGGACCGCCAUAACCUGGAUCGCCUUCUUCUUCAAAUUAGCAAGCUUCGCCUUUGUUGGCCCUCUCUUUGGCCUCAUCAUUUUCGAUUUCUGUCUAUGGAUUUGGCGAUUAAUCCAACUCCAGCCGACAGACGAAGCCCAACCAAAUCACAUCACGAUCGAGACUAAAGAGCAAAGAACCAACCCAACGGUGUCGCCCAACGGAACCAGUUCCGCGACAGCCCUAUCCACUAACCCGGUCACGAGUCAGAGGCGCAAUGUUUACUUGGGACAGACCGGCGACUAACGAGCAACGUCUUAACAUUUUGGCUGCUAGGGCGACAACAUAGAAUUCAAGAAU